CCACUACCAUGAACACCUCCACCAGAUCCCCUCCAACCAACACUAUCACCACAGCCAACAACUCCAACCGCACCAGGUCCAUCACUUCUACCAAUGCCACAGACCAACCAACCUCCAACAAAACCCCAGCCACCAUUACAACAGCCCCAGGUGCUAUUACCAGAGGCCCACCCACUUUUACAAUGAAACUCAACAUCACAACUGUGCCCCUUUCCUCCACUCCAGCCCCUGACUCCUCCUCCCUCCACCUUUGGUUCAGAGUGAUCAGUGUGUUCCGAGGGAUGUUCUGUCUGUUCUUCGUCUGCACCCUACUAAUAGUGUCGUUAUAUCGACAAAAGGCUGCAGCUGCAGGAAAUGAAAUGGUGACAACCCCACGUGUCCAGACUGAGCAGGGAUUGAACAAUAAUUAUGACACCAGAGAACAUCACCUCUAAACUGAACUGAUCUCUGUUUAGCUUGUUGAUUUUUCUUCAGUGAUCCUCCAGUUUUGUUUUGCAGUCACUGUUUAUGAUUCAUUUUCUUUUGAUUUUACAUUACUGUUUUAAAAUGUGUGCUAUGCAUUUCUUUUAUAUAUGAAACACCAUUUAU